GCCCCGCCUCCUCCAGCCCUCCUGCCCCCAGGGGCAGGCUCCGGGGCCAGCAGUUGUCCAGGGAGCAGCAGGAGCAGCAGCCUGGAGUCCCUUCUGGCCGCUGUGAGACCGAAGCACCUGCCUCCCUCACUCCCAGCCUGAGCCCCAGGGCCGAGCCAGGCGGAGAGCUGCGGCCAGCUUGGCGUUCGCCAUGGACACCCAGGACCCUCACAGCCCCCAGGACGGCCCCAGGCCCCCCGGCAGCGGGGGCGGGGCGGAGGCCGACGGCCGCUCCCUGAUGGCCGCGGUGGCGGCCGAGGACGUGGCGCGGAUCCGGGAGCUGCUGGGGCGCGGGGCCCACGUCAACUUCCAGGAGCCGGAGUGGGGCUGGUCGCCCCUGCACAGCGCGGUGCAGCGGGACCGGCCGGACAUCGUGGAGCUGCUGCUGCAGCACGGCGCGGACCCCGGCCUGCGCAAGCGGAACGGGGCCACGCCGCUGAUCGUCGCGGGGCUGGAGGGCAACGUGCGCGUGCUGCAGAUGCUCCUGGAGCGAGGCGCCGCCGUGGACGAGCGCGACGCCCAUGGCUUCACCGCGCUCAUGGAGGCCGCCGGGCGUGGGCACGUCGAGGCCCUGCGGUUCCUUCAUGAGAGGGGCGCGCGGGUGAACCUGGCCCGGGAGACCACGCGGGAGCAGCAGGCGCUGCGCAAGGGCGGCGCCACGGCCCUCAUGGACGCGGCCGAGAACGGCCGCGUGGAGGCGGCGCGGGCGCUGCUGGAGCUGGGUGCGGACGUGGGCGCCCGCGACAACAUGGGCCGCAGCGCGCUCACGCACGCGCUGCUGAGCUGCCCGGCCGAGCGCGCCGAGGCCACGAUCCACCUCCUGCUGCGCCAUGGCGCAGACGCGAACGGGCAGGACGCCGAGGGCAAGACGGCCCUGAUCCUGGCGGUGGAGAGGCGGCACCUGGGCGCGGUGAGGGCGCUCUUGGAGCAGGAGCGCCUCAACGUGGACGAAAGGGACAGCGAGGGCAGGACAGCGCUGCUCGUGGCCACCCAGCUCGGCCUGGGCGAGGUGGCCCGGCUGCUGUGCCGCAGCGGGGCCCGCGUGGACUGCGGGGACCUGGUCUUGGCCGCCAGGAGGAAUUACGACAACGACCUCGCCCGGUUCUUUCUCAGUCUCGGAGCUCCAGAGCGACCGCAGGCCCCCGCCCAGGACUGGAGGCCCCAGAGCCAGCGCUGGGGGCCAGCCCUGAGCCGUCUCCACAGGAUGAACCGUCCCAUGAUCGGCAAGCUCAAGAUCUUUCUCGACCAGGACUACCGGAUCGCGCCCACGUCCGAAGGGGGCCUCUACCUGGGGCUCUACGAGGCCCAGGAGGUGGCCGUGAAGGUGUUCGCGCUGGGCAGCGCGCGGGCACGCCAGGAGGUGUCCUGCCUGCAGAACGGCCGGCCCAGCAGCCACCUGCUGACGCUGUACGGGUGCGAGAACGACCGGGGCCGCCUGUACGUGUGCGUGGCGCUGUGCGAGUGGACGCUGGAGGAGUACCUGCACGCGCACUGGCAGGAGGCUGUGGAGGACCAGGAGGACGUACGUGCCCGGAGGGUGCUGGCCACACUGCUCGCGGCCGUCCGGGAGCUGCACGAGUCCUGGGGCUAUGCCCACGGGGACCUGCAGCCACAGAACAUCCUCGUGGACACCAGGGGCGAUGUUCGCCUGGCGGAUUUUGACCAGAGUGUGCAGCUGGCCGGAGCCGCGCCGGAGGUCAGGCAGGAUCUUGAGGCGCUGGGGCGGCUGGUCCUCUACGUGGUCCAGAACGGGGACGUGCCCUUCGUGGAGCUGACGGCCAAGCCGCCCGCUGAGGUCGUGCACCGCUGUCCAGACGAGGAGAGCAAGGACCUCGCCCGCCAGCUGCUGUGCCCGGGCGAUGACGUGGGGGACCGGCUCGGCCGCCUGCUGGGCCACCCCUUCUUCUGGCCAUGGCAGGACCGCUUCAGGACGCUUCGGAACGUGGGCAACGAAUCCGACAUCAAAAGGCGGAAGCGUGGAAGCCAGCUCCUACAGCUGCUGCGGCCCGGGCUCUCAGAGCACCGCACAAGCUUCGCCCGCUGGACCCAGAAGAUCCACGGGGAUGUGAUGAGGGACAUGAACGCGUUCUAUAAAGACAGCAAUUCCUACAAGAACACCGUGGGGGACCUGCUCAAGUUCAUCCGGAACGUCGGGGAGCACAUCAACGAAGACAAGAACAGGAGGCAGGAUGAAGGCGCAGAUCGGAGACCCUGCCUGCUACUUCCAGAAGACGUUUCCAGAUCUGCUGAUGUACGUGUACAGGAAGCUGCGGGACACGGAAUACAGGAAGCAUUUUCCCCAGCUCGCUCCACACACUGGCCUCUGUGUGGCAGAGCUGGCUGGGCCGGCGGACCGGGCCCCGAGUGCUGGCCCCUGAGACUGGGGUGACGCGGCAGCAUCCUGGCAUUUGAUGGGCAGCGGCCGGGGACAGGGCCAAAGACGGCCCCCACCCCCCACACAGAAGCUCCCGAGGGGCUGUCUGCCCCCUCCCCGGCGCUUCUCUGGCUCCCUCCACCCGGAGCCAUGGCACCCCUGCUGCUGCCCCUGUGCCCACCUCGUCUGGAGUCCUGGUGGCCCCCGUGUGCUAUCUCAGCGAGGCUCCAGCACGGCCUCUCACCCCGAGGGAGCCGGGAGGGACCGACGACGCCAGAGGGCCAGCUCAGACCUGUCCCUCCGUGACUCCUUCCCGGUCACCGGACCGAAACGCUGUGCUUGGCUCCAGCGGUGCAGCUGACAGGUCCUGGGAGCGGGAGCUUCCGGGGUGGGGGUGGGGUGGAAGCUGAGCAGGAGCCGGGGCACCCAGCACAACACCCAUCCGUGUGUCCCGCCAGUAAACCUGCACC